AUGGCUGAUUCGGCCAGGUCAGUGGACAAGAACCCCCGGUCCCCCCUCAAGUCGAAGGUCGUCCGCUCCCAAAAGAUCUCCGCCCCGGCGCCCACUCCUCCACCCGGCGUCAUCGGUGACCUGCCUGAUGAUCUAGAGGACCUGAGCGACCGCGACAUCGAGCAGCACCGCCGUGUUCCCUCCGCCCCGGGUGGCCCCAUCCCCCGUUCCCACACUCCCGGGCAUCUGGCGUCCAAGAGCCAGGAUCGCCGCCGCAAGCCCUCCGAAUUGUCAAUCCGCCAACGUUCUCAAUCAGCUUCACAAGCACAGUCUUCGUCUGCUCAACCUUCACGUACUACUCCCACGAGCGCGAACCCCCCGAAACCUCCGCCGCCCUCAUACCGACCCAGCGCCGAUGCUUCCACUACCAGCAGCAAUAACGACGGCUCCGAGUCAGCCGGCGGUCCCAGUUCAGACCGUGACAGCCGCCGUCCUCUCGUCAUGCGCUCGACGUCCGCCAUAGCCGGCAAGGCUUCCAUCCCCUCGUCGUCAACGACGACACGGCAGCUUUCAACGACCGGUUCAUCCGCUCGAAGUGCUCCAAAGGGACAACACAUCCCCUUCCCUCCUCUUCAAGACCCCAGAACAGCGCCCGAUGUGCCUCCAGCUCCAUCAUCAGGCAUGUACUGGUCUCGCGCACCCGUAUCGGGUGCUCCUCACACGUCCCUCCGCGCCCAUACCACAACACUCGUUGGGUCUAAUAUCUUUGUGUUUGGAGGCUGUGACUCCCGCGCCUGCUUCAAUGAGUUAUACGUAUUUGACGCCGACGCCUUCUAUUGGUCCGUUCCUCACGUAACUGGCGAGAUCCCAGUGCCCCUACGCGCCAUGACCUGCACUGCCGUUGGCAAGAAACUGGUCAUCUUUGGUGGUGGUGACGGUCCCGCGUACUAUAACGACAUAUAUGUACUCGAUACGACUAAUUUCAAGUGGCACCGCCCCAAGGUCAUAGGCGACCGCGUCCCUUCUAAACGCCGCGCCCACACCGCUUGCCUCUAUAAGAACGGCAUCUACAUUUUUGGCGGCGGCGAUGGCGUCCGCGCUCUUAACGACGUAUGGCGCCUCGAUGUCAGUGACAUGAACAAGAUGUCUUGGAAGAUCGUCUCUGGACCUGAGCGGGCCCCGCCCCCCGGCGUCCGGGAAACCCGCCCGAAGCCCCGCGGAUAUCACACGGCCAAUAUGGUGGGUAGCAAGCUCAUCAUCUUUGGCGGCUCAGACGGUGGCGAGUGCUUCAACGACGUGUGGGUUUACGACGUGGAUGCCCUCGUCUGGAAAGCCGUCUCCAUUCCUGUCACCUUCCGCCGAUUGUCGCAUACGGCCACCCUCGUCGGCUCUUACCUCUUCGUUAUCGGUGGCCACGACGGUAACGAAUACUCCAAUGAUGUCCUUCUUCUCAACCUCGUCACCAUGACCUGGGACCGUCGCCGUGUGUACGGCCUGCCACCCAGCGGUCGGGGGUAUCAUGGAACUGUGCUCUACGAUAGUCGCUUGUUCGUUAUUGGCGGGUUCGACGGCAGCGAGGUCUUUGGGGAUGUUUGGAUGCUGGAAUUGGCGGUGCAUGCAUAUUACUCCCAAAUCAGCCAUUUCACCAUCGAGGUUUGA